GAAGAGGACACAAGUAAAAGCACCAAAAACAAAAUGGCAGAUAAGGACAGCGUGGAGAAAUACUUGGAGAACAACCCGCAGUUCGCCAAAGAGUACUUCGAUAAGAAGUUGCGUGCCGAGGCCCUGAGCGCCGCUUUCUCCGAGCCCCUCGACAUCAAGGACACAGCCUCGUUUAAGGAUGUUAACUCGGUGCAGGAGGCCGCCAUCAUCUUCGAGCUGCUCCAGGAGCUCCAGAAGCAGACGACCAUCGAGAAGAACCUCCACAAGGUGCUGCAGAGAACCGCUCUCAUCUUGCAGGCCGACAGGGUCAGCUACUACAUCUGCCGCUCCAGAAACGGAAUCCCCGAGCUCGCAACCUGCCUCUUCGACGUGACCCCGACCUCCAAAUACGAGGCCAACCUGGUGAACCCGCAGAGUGAGAUCGUGAUCCCCACUGACAUGGGAAUAGUGGGCUACACAGCCACUUCCAAAAAGCCCCAAAACGUUCCGGACAUUACCAAGAAUACAAAGUUCUGCGACUUUGUGGAUAAACAAACUGGAUACAAGACCAAAUGCAUAAUGUCCUACCCCAUGGUUGCUGACAAAGACUGCCUUGGAGUCAUCAUGGUGCUUAACAAAAUAGGAGCUGAUGCAUUCACGCCAGAGGAUGAGAAGCUUUUCCAUAAGUACAUGACUUUUGCUCAAGUCAUUUCUCUGCAGUAUCACACAGCCUACAUGUUCAAUGUGGAGUCCAGGAGGAGUCAGGUGCUGCUCUGGUCUGCCAGCAAAGUUUUUGAAGAGUUGACAGACAUUGAGAGGCAAUUCCACAAAGCUCUCUACACCGUGAGGACCUACCUGCAAUCUGAGCGUUACUCAGUGGGGCUGUUGGACAUGACUAAAGAAAAGGAAUUUUAUGACGAGUGGCCUGUGAAACUAGGAGAUGUGGAACCCUAUAAAGGACCAAAAACACCGGAUGGCAGGGAAAUCAACUUUUAUAAGAUCAUUGACUACCUCCUUGAAGCCAAAGAAGAAAUUAAAGUCAUACCAGGUCCACCUGCAGAUCACUGGGCUCUGGUCAGCGGACUGCCGACUUAUGUGGCAGAAAACGGCUUUAUUUGCAACAUGAUGAACGUUGCUGCAGAUGACUACUUCACUUUCCAGAAAGAGGCAGUGGAUGAGUCGGGUUUCGUCAUCAAGAACGUCCUGUCGCUGCCCAUCGUCAACAAGAAGGAAGAAAUUGUGGGCGUCGCCACCUUCUUCAACAGAAAGGAUGGCAAACCGUUUGACGAGUAUGACGAGCAGAUCACCGAGGCCCUGACACAGUUCCUGGGGUGGUCGGUGUUGAACUGUGACACCUACGACAAGCUGAACCGUAUGGAAUGGAGGAAAGACAUUGCCCAGGAGAUGCUCAUGUACCAAACCAAAUGCACCUCGGACGAGAUGCAGUCCAUUCUGAACACCAAGGAGAAGUUUGAUGCUGAGCCUGAAGACUGUGACCAGAAGGAGAUGUACAAAUUACUGAGGGCAAAUUGCCCACCUGCCGACAACGUGGACGGAGAAAAUCUGUACAACUUCGGCUUCAGCGACUUCCCCGUCACAGAGCACGGCCUCAUUAAAGCUGGCAUCCGCAUAUUCUUUGAGCUUGGGGUGGUCGAAAAGUUUAAAGUUCCCCCAGAAACUCUGACUAGGUGGAUGUAUACUGUGAGAAAGGGUUACCGUGCCAUUACAUACCACAACUGGAGGCAUGGCUUCAAUGUAGGCCACACCAUGUUCUGUCUACUGCAGACAGGGAGACUGAGGAAGUACUACUCAGAUCUAGAUGCCUUCGCCAUGGUGGCUGCGGCUUUCUGCCACGAUAUCGACCACAGAGGAACAAAUAACCUCUACCAGACAAAGAGUGCAUCUCCUCUGGCCAAACUUCAUGGCUCCUCCAUUAUGGAGAGACACCAUUUGGAAUACAGCAAGACACUCAUGGGAGAGGAGACUUUGAACAUCUUCUGCAAUCUGCAGAAGCGUCAGUUUGAGACUGUGCAGCACUUGUUCGAUGUUUGCAUUAUUGCCACUGAUCUGGCCCUUUACUUCAAGAAGAGAACCAUGUUCCAAAACAUUGUGAAUGCCACAGAACCAAUGGCAGAUGAAAAAGAGGCCAUCGCCCACAUUUCUAACAACCCCAUCAGGAAGGAAAUUAUCAUGGCCAUGAUGAUGACAGGCUGCGACUUGUCAGCCAUCACCAAACCCUGGGAGGUGCAGAGCAAGGUGGCUCUGAUGGUUGCAGCUGAAUUCUGGGAACAGGGCGAUUUGGAAAGAAACGUUUUGGACCAGCAGCCAAUUCCCAUGAUGGACAGAAACUGUGCAGAACAGCUACCCAAGAUGCAAUGUGGUUUCAUCGACUUUGUGUGCUCAUUUGUGUACAAGGAGUUCUCCAGGUUCCACAAAGAGAUCACACCCAUGUUCGACGGUCUGAACAAUAACAGGGCACACUGGAACGAGCUGGCUGAGGUGUACAAUGCAAAGAUGAAGGCCAUUGAAGAUGAAAAGAAGAAGCUGGAAGAGGAGGAAGCCAAGAAAGGUAUAAAAGUUAAACAAGGAUUGCAUUGUAGUAAUUUGAGACCAAGAAGUACAACAUUUUUAAUAUGUUUUUUCUUUUUCUUUUUUCGUUUAGCUGGUGGUGGUGAGGGAGGGAAGUCGAAGACCUGCACCAUCUGUUAGGCUUCUCUGUUUCAUGGAUCUGGACUCAAAUGGACUGACUAGGACUGAUAUACACAUCUCUAGUCUUAAAGUCAUCCUCAAAGCCAUCAGUUUUUGGAGUUUGUCCUCUGAACUAAGCUAGUUCUCUCUGGUCUGGCUGCGGAUGCGGCACCCCGGUUUGGUCCAGUUGUUUCCUGCUAGUCCAGAGUAGUUAGCGCCGAUCUGGAUUGCAUGAACUGAUCUCCAAGCAGGGAGGAAGAAUUGGAGCCGGAAGUAACAGUGGGACUCUGCACAGAGAAGAUCUUAUCGAGAAGGAAUGUGUGAAACUUCUUCCUCCCUUUGUUUUGAACAGCGACCGAAAACAUGCAAACUCACUAUAUAAUUUUAUGUAAGAUUUUUUGUUUUUUGGCAUGCUUGAAAUCAUGUUGCGAUAAAUUUAGCUGCUCCCCGCGCUGAGAUUCAAAUCUUUUAAUGUAGACAGUUAAAUAGGUCAUUGUUGAGCUAUGCCAAAGCAAUAGCAUUCAGUGUCCCUUUGGCAAUCAUAAGCACAAUGUAUAAUCAUACUUUAAGCUGCACAAUGCACAUGGCUGCUGCUGUUUUAGCAGCCAAACCACAGAGAGAGUGAGGGCCAACUGGGAGGAUAAAGACUUUUCAAAUGUAGUGAUGGGGACCCGUUAAAGGCGCUGAUAAAGAAAUAUGAAUUUAUUCCCUUCAGCACAUAAAGAGCAUCUGAUGGCUCUGUUCAUGCUGUAAAGGCGAUAGGCACAGGGAGCAAUGGCGCCAAAACAAUUAGGAAAGACAAUGUCUUUCCUUCAAAGGGACUAAUGAGUCGUCUGAACGUAUGCUCAUUUUAAUAUGCUAUUCAUCUAUACAUUUAUUUUUUUUCUAGAUUAUGGGUUUUUGUACAUCAACUGUCUUCAACUUGAGAUGAGCUUUGAUAGAGGCUGUUCUGAAAUGAUGCAGAGCUGUGUUAUGAUGCAAAGUGUACAGUUUGUCUUGCAAAAAUAUUCACACCUCUGGUUCAUUUUUAGCUUUUUGUCACUUUAUAGCCAAGAACACAAAUGUGUUUAAUGGGGAUUUUAAGACAGAAACCAACACAAAACGGUGCUUGAUUGUAAAAAAGAAGAACUACAAUAUGAGUAAAAUUCAGAGUAUGCAGAAUGCAGGUAUUUUGGGGUUUGUCUCUACUACCUUUAGGCUUCUGGAAACUUUGUCCAGUCUUAUUUGCAAAACAGCUCAAUGUCAGUACGACUGGACGGAGAAAAUCUGCAAACAUUAAUCUAUCUACUGGAAGGUGAACCCUUUCAAAAGUCUCGUAUUUUGCAGCCGUAAGCCAGUUUUCUUCCCGGAUUGCCAUGUAUUUAGCUUCAGCCAUCUUCCAAUCAACUCCAACCAGCUUUCCUGUCCCUGCUAAAGAAAACCCCACAGCAUGCUGCUCCCACCACCGUGUAUCACAGUGGGGAUGUGGUGUUCAGGAUGUUGUGGUGUUGGCCUUUCAACGGAAUCUCUCACAUAAACUUCAGCUCAUAACUCCUCCAGAGUUACAGAAGGCCUAUAAAUAACUUGUGUAUGGAUCAUUUUUACUACUUAAGUGACUUCUGAAGGCAGUUGAUCAAACUGGAUUUUAUUUAGGGGUAUGAAAGUAAAUUUUUGGCUGUAUUGUGACAAAAUGUGAUGAAACUCAAUAGGUGUGAAUUCUUCUCCAUGUUACUGUAUGUCUUUGAGAACUUUAAGAUCACUUGUAAACUAAUUGUUUUAUUUCAAACUUAUUCCAUGCUGAAGCUCAUCUAUUCUCAUGCUAUCAUCUGUAUACACUUUGCUACAUAGAUAUAACUUUUGAAUUGUAUGAACCUGUUUAUGAGAGAAGCAUAAAAAGCUGCAAGAGCAACCCCUGCUCCUUCACGAGUCAAACAGAUCAACAGUUCUGCUUCUCCUUUAAGAAGCUUUAACAGGAUUUGAUUGCCAGCCAGUGUUUGAGAUCCACACAGCUUUGGACUUUAAAUACCCGUCUUAUACAGGAGCUUUAUCGUAUCCAAGUGAAAACGGCCUACGCUUGUAAAGAUCCAAACUAUUGGUUCAUUGAUUGUGUGACUGUUGGGGGCAAAGUUUUCCACUUCCCUCCCUGACCAACUUUGUGUAAAUCAAUAUGUUUCUUUGUAAACUAGCCGACCUGGUCAUGCGCCUGAGGUCACAGUGCAACGUCAGCAUACCUCCUGUUCCACGAGGUAAAAAGUGAGCAGUGGCUCUUAGCGUCCUGUUACGCAACGUCAUCUCCUCUAAUCAAAGAGGCAUUAAUCAGGGGCAUUUAAUCCCAUCAGCACAGCUUUGCGUCUACUUGGAAACUCCUUGUUUGCUGCCUGAGGUGAAGUGAAGAGCUGUUAUAAUUAUUCGAGCCCGAGAGCUUUGAUGAUUCCACUAUGAAUUUACAGCGCUGACUUUGGUGCAAACCUAUUAUAAGAAUGCUCCAGUUCCGUCUAAAAGGGAUAAAAGUCUUCCCUGCUUUUUCUUUGAAUGUUAUUGAGAGAUCUGAAAAAAAAUGCACUGUAUGCUACUUUGUACUUAUUCUAAGAAUUGUCAUUACGACGCUAGAGUUCUGUCUUUGAAUGUAUAAAAUGACAUCAAAUGUAUGUACAAGUCAUGAAAUGUAAUAUCUGUAAGCAAAUGUAGGAAGGAGGUUUAAAAAAUAAAGAGUAACUCAUUUCUCAUUAUGAAAAA